AUGCACAAGUCUAUCAAAUAUACAGACACUUGUGGAUUCCCACUUAAAACAUUACGUGAACGCUCGAGCGCCUUUUCGAGGAUACGAAUUAUAGAAGUAAGUUCUUACUUUCUUUGUCUAUUAACCCCGUUGUUUCUUUCUACACAGUUUGUGAAAUACAUUUUGCCACUCCUGGCCGCCUCGGUGCUGGGCGAAAUCCAACAGACCCCAACCUACCGGUGGAUUGACAAAGUUACAGGAGAAUCCUUGGUUUGUAACAAGUGUCCUCCUGGCACGUACGUCAAAACGCACUGUACGAAGGACAGAGCAACCGAAUGUGAAACUUGCCCGCAGUCCUAUUACACCGAACUGUGGAACUACAUUGAGAAAUGCCUGUUCUGUGACUAUCCAUGUUCGGCAGACCAGAAGGAGACAGUACCUUGCAAUGCAUCCCACAACCGUGUUUGUGAAUGUAAAGAUGGAUAUUUCUUAAAAUAUGAAUUUUGUAUGAGACAUACGCCUUGUCCACCCGGUGAGGGAGUCGUUAGAAACGGGACAGCACAUCGUGAUGUUGAGUGUGCCCCGUGUCCACAUGGCUUUUUCUCAUCAGACAGCUCAACAACUCAGGCCUGUCAGAAACACUCGCAGUGCCCUGCUGAAUUGAUCGCCAUUCCUGGCAACAGCAAGAUGGAUACAUUCUGUUCAUCUUGUAGGACUGAUACAAACACAGAGGAAGGUCGGUUAAUUUGCGAUCAGGAGGCAGCCAGAUUCUUGCUCCAGCAUGACAUACCCCUUAAAACGCACAACAAACUUGUUAGAGAAGCAAGAAGAAGAGCUGUAAGCAUCAUCAAAGAGGCAUCUCUCAAAGACAUCCUCGAGCUCAUCAAAACAGCAGAACCUAGCAAGCCUCUGGUCCCUGUGAUUGUAGAGAUCUUAGAAAAAACACGACUACACAAUUUAAAAAGGAAAAUUACGGAAUGGUUCCUUGUUGAGGGUAUCUCAGAAUAGUGUGGAGUUGGAAACAUCUGUUGAUAGAGUCAGAUAUUUUACUUUUAUUCCUGACUGAAUGUUGAACUGAGUGUUUGACUGGGUGUUUAGGUCAUUAACGUUUACAUGGACAGUAAAAAGAAAUGUUUGGACAUUGUGAAAUUCUAUUUAUUUGGAAUGAAGUUCAGCUGUUUUGUUAACGUGUUUUUUUUUUUUUAAUGUAAUAGAUUUGAUGUGUUUGUUGUCAAUAAUGUUUCCACAAUCAUUUUGGACAUUUCAUAUGAAUUUGAAGACUUUUUAAUAAACAUUUAUAUUUUUAUCACAA